AUGCUCAAGAUCUUCGGAGCGGUUGCUCUUCUGGGAGCAGUGUACGCGCAGGAUUAUUCAUCUUUGCCGACUGUGGACCUUGGAUAUGAGAUUCACAGAGCUUCUGGCUUCAAUAGCACAGGAAGGUUCUACAACUUUACUUCAAUUCGAUACGCAGCCCCUCCCCUUGGCGACCUUCGAUUUGCCCCUCCCGAAGCACCGGCAGAGAACAGGUCGACUAUCCAGAACGGUACCGACAACAGGAUCUGUCCGCAGGCCAGUCCCGCCUGGCAAACAGUAGCUAGCUCGUUCAUAACAAACCUUCUACUCGGCCAGCCGACCAACAACAUCCCGCUUUACGUACCACCAGGCGCAAACGUAAGCAGCCCGAUUCCAGCGCGGAAUUUCCGUGAGUCUGAAGACUGUCUCUUUCUCGAUGUCUUUGUGCCAGAGGACGUUCUCAGCGAAGCUGGUCGAGGCUUUGGCGCCCCAGUAAUCGUGUGGAUCUAUGGAGGAGGUUAUGUGGGUGGCAACAAGAACUACAACCCCGCUGGACUGCUUGCCGCCUCUGGGAAUGCGUCUAACGGCGACGUCAUCUAUGUGGCCAUGAACUACCGUCUUGGGGCUCUUGGAUUUAUGGCUGGACCGUCGUUCCAAGCUGAGGGUGGUGUAAGCAACCUCGCAUUCUACGAUCAGCGUUUCGCCCUGGAAUGGGUUCAGAAGUACAUUCAUCUUUUUGGAGGUGACAAAAAUCGGGUCACCGUCUUUGGAGAGUCAGCUGGUGGUGGAAGUAUCAUGCAUCAAAUCACGGCGUACGGGGGGCUAAAAGGCAAGGCACCGUUCCAACAAGCCGUUCCACAAAGUCCAGGAUGGUCUCCGAUACAGUCGAACGUCCAAACAGAGAACAUAUAUCGCAAGUUCCUAAACCUGACCAACACCACGUCGCUGGCUGAAUUGCGCGCCUUGCCGUCCGCGGACAUCAUUCGCGCUAAUGCCCAGCAAGUUGCCUUUGACGCCGGCUAUGGAUCCUAUGUCUAUGGGCCAUCGGUUGAUGGAAAUUUCGUACCUCUUCAGCCUGGACAAUUGCUUGCUCAAGGCCGUUUCGACAAGGACGUGCGUGUCAUGGUGGGCCACAACGCCCAAGAGGGAACGCUUUUCACGCCGCCUUACAUCCAGACAGAAGCCGAUCUUACUGCUCAGCUCCGAACAGCGUUUCCAUAUUCGCCUCUGGAAACCCUUCAGUAUAUUCAGCAAACCCUCUACCCAGCUGUUUAUGAUGGGUCAUAUUGGUACACCACACCUUAUGCCCGCGCCAGCUUGAUUAUCUCCGAGGGCGUGUUUACUUGCAACACCAACUAUCUUUCGACGGCGUACAAGAAUGAGACUUACUCGUACCUCUUUGCUGUUCCGCCCGCUUUCCACGGUUUCGAUAUUGCAUACACGUAUUACGAUGGAGGGGCGUUGUCUCCACUGGGAGUGGCCAACCGCACUGUUGCGAUUGCACUCCAGCAGUUCAUUGCCAGCUUUGCGGAAAAUGGCCGUCCGGAGGCUGGUGGCAUCCGGCAAUUCAAUAUGUACGGAUCAGAUGCGAACGUUUUGGAGCUCAACUCGACAAACAUCAUGGAGAUACGGGAUAGCAAUGCUAGCAAGAGGUGUGCAUGGUGGCAGAAAGCGUUGUACUGA